UGGAGUUUGGGCCCAGAGAAGCGACGAAUGGUGACACUGGGAGCAGACAUGGAGCAACAACGCGACAGACCAACAUGGAGCAGACAGAUAGAGUUCACCCUGGCUGGCAUUGGCUGUGCUGUGGGUCUCGGCAACGUUUGGAGGUUCCCUUAUCUCUGCUACAGGAGUGGAGGAGGUGCCUUCCUGGUGCCAUACCUGCUCAUGCUGUUUGUAUUGGGGAUCCCUCUGCUCUACAUGGAGCUGACUGUGGGUCAGUACAUGAGGAGAGGGCCUGUCCAAGCUCUGGCUAACGUCUGCCCUCUGUUAAAAGGAGUGGGCAUAGCAUCAGUGGCCAUCUCCUUCAUCAUGUGCACCUACUACAAUAUCGUCAUCACCUGGGCCCUCUAUUAUCUCUUCAGUUCCUUCCAGGCACCGCUACCAUGGCAGAGCUGCAACAACACCUGGAACACACCGAACUGUACCAGUCAUGCCACCGACAGCAGCUUCUCCUCCACAGCUAGCCAGGAGUUCUUCAAAUAUAAGAUGCUGGAGCAGACUAGUGGAAUAGAAGAAGCAGGAGUGCUCCGAUGGGAGCUUUUACUCAUUCUCCUUCUGGCUUGGAUCCUGAUUUACUUUUGCAUCUUUAAGGGCGUGAAAUCAACAGGCAAGGUUGUGUACUUCACGGCCCUGUUCCCGUAUGUUAUCCUGAUUGCCCUGCUGGUCAAUAAUGCGCAGCUUCCCGGAGCUAUAGAUGGAAUAAAAUUCUUCAUUAUGCCGGAAUGGGACAAGCUGCUCUCAGUGGAGGUGUGGGUGAAUGCUGCAGCUCAGAUUUUUAACUCCAUCGGGAUCGGUUUCGGCUCCCUCUUGGCCAUGUCCAGUUACAACUCCUUCAACAACAACAUUCUGAAGGACACCAUGACUAUAGCCAUCAUCAACUCCCUCACCAGCAUCCUGGCAGGUUUUGUCAUUUUCUCUGCUUUUGGAUACAUGUCUUACCUGCAGGGCAUCCCUGUCAGCGAUCUGGCUGUGGAUGGUCCAGGACUUGUUUAUGUUGUUUACCCACAAGCCUUUGCCAACAUGCCAGUGCCUCAGCUCUGGGCUGUGAUGUUCUUCUUCAUGCUGCUUUGCCUCGGACUGGACAGUGAGUUUGCAAUGGUUGAAGUGAUGGUGACCAGUCUCAUGGACGAAUUUUAUUCACAUCUGAUUAAGUUUUUUAAGCGAAAGGAGCUGUUUGUUCUUGCUGUUUGUAGUGCAGCGUUCCUUCUCGGGAUUCCUUGUGUCAUGCAGGUGGGCAUCUAUGUGUUCCAGCUCAUGGACCAUUACACUGCCAUAGUGUCCAUUAUGUUUCUUGCAUUCUUUGAGGUUGUAGCCAUCUGUUGGAGUUACGGAGUGACUCGACUUUCAGACAACCUGAAGGAGAUGACUGGAAAAAGACCAAACAUCUACUUCAGGCUGUGUUGGCUGAUAGUUGCUCCUGGGCUGGUCGCUGUUAUCCUGAUUUUCUCCAUCAUUCAGUUCAAACCAGCCCGCUAUGAGCACUACGUCUUCCCUCCCUGGGCUCAGGGGGUCGGCUGGGUCAUUGCCAUGGGCUCCAUCAUCUGGAUUCCUUUGGGUGCUGUUCACACACUGUGGGUGCUGCCUGGCUCAUUGAUGCAGAAACUUAAGCUGUCCGUCACACCAUACACCCUGAAUGAAAUAUCAAAGAUGCCGUACUAUGAGAGGGGAGGAGGAGCUGGACGUCCAGACAUAGCCGUCAUCAGCUCCAACAUCCAUCUACCUGAAAAACCUCCUACUCAGACAAACAUGUGAUACCUCUGUGCUUCGCACUAUCCCGAUGUCCAGCUAGCCACCAAGAGUGGUAGAUUAUUAGUAAGUUUAAGUUAAUCACAAUUUUUUUUUUUUUUUUUGCCAUAAAUCUUAAACAACCUUCUGGUAAGUUAAACAGAAGUCGACUGAAAAAAUUAUUUACAUGGUUGUGAAAAUCUAUUGCUGCAUAUCUGCCAUGCAGAUAUAUUAAAAUGGCCAAUUUUUGUGAGCCUACUGAUUAAAUAUGUUUAGUUUAACUUCUAUAACAGUUUAGCAGAUUUUUAAUGUGAUAAGAUGUGGAAAGACAGAAUGUACAGUACAUCUUAAUGUCUGGCCAGCACUUCCUCAUGUGGUGAUCAGGACACUGCACACAUUUCACCAGCCUCAUUUCUGGACUCAACUUUGCAAAGGGUGCCAUCUUUUGGCCAUGAUUGUUGAUGCAGUUUGGAGUUUUUAUAAAUGUCAGAUCAGUAAAUUUAGUACAUACAUUUUAGCCUGUAAAAUGACAAAGUCAUGCCACUAUUUCACACUCAUAGGUCACACAGCUGAACUUUAGCAGACUACUGAAUAACCUCCCUUAAAGACAUAAAGCACUGUGGACCCAUUCAUUGUGGCUGACUCAUUUAUUAGGUCAAAUGCAACAGGGCACUGCUGAUAAAACUGAUAUAUAUGAUAUACUGAUAUACACAGGUGGUAAAUAAAGUAGUACAUGGGUCAUGCAAUUAUGUCAUGUCAUGUCAUGUCAUGUCAUGUCAUGUAAGGCGUAAUAAAAACAUGUCACAAAGUCCA